GUUUAAUGAUGAUUAAUCAAUAAUAUUUUAUUAGAAAUCAUAAUUAUUGAAAAAUGCAAUUUUUAUUCGAUUUCAAAACUUAUUAUUAUUACCACUAAUCAUUAAUAAAUUUGGAUUACUGUAUUACAUGAAAAGUAUCCGAUAGUUAUUGUUUAGUAUUUGUUAUCGAUUUUAAUAAUAAUGACAUAAACUUAAUUAUAUAUUGCUUGAACUGCCAACUAUAAAUUGUUUUCCAAAUGGAACAUUAUUUUCCAACGAUUAAUGAAAAAAAAAAGCAUGAAACACGUUUCGAAAUGGGUUCAAAAAUGAAACUAAACAAAAGGAUGUCUGGUAUCGUAAUUCGAAGUCAAAGAUCUAUUCUAAACGACGGAAUAUUUAUGGUAAACAAAAAGCUUGAUAUUUUCCAAGUGAAAACAUUAUUUUAAAAUCUUUAAUUCAUUUUUAUAAUUUAGAAAUAAAAUAUAAUUACAUUUAAAAUUUGAAUGCACUAAAGUCAUUAAGUACCUACGUCAUAGUUUAAAAAAACAAAAAAAAAUGUUGAGUUCCCGACCAACUCUCAUAAUCAUGUAUGAAGUUAAUUUAAUUAUGUAAACUGACGUGAAUUCAAUGUUCAGUAGAUAUUUCUAAAAACUUAAUUUCAAGAUUGAAAAUUUAAAAAAGAAAUAUUAUAAAAUUAAAAUUAUAACUGUAAUAAAUAACAAUACAUAGUCCACAAAGAAUUUUUCUGUACAAAAUUUGAAUACAAAUUUUGUGUGUAAAUGUUUUCUUGAGCAAUAUACAACAGUUUUGUUUAUGUAAAUAUUACUAAAUUAACAAAUCAAAUACCCAAUGUCAAAAUAAAUACAAAUAGAUAUAUUAACAAUUAAAAUAUUUUAUUUCAUUUCUAAAAUAUAAAUGUUGUUUAUUUUUAGUCUGAUUUGGUUAAUAAAUCUUAAAAAUUAAAAUUUUAAACUUUUAAAGGUAUAACCCACAUUAAUAUAUUGGAUUAAAUCAAUGGUAUAAUUUGUCUCCUAAUUUUGCCACCUGCUAUAGUUUAUUUCAACAAUGUUACCCUCCAGGCCUUGGUUUCAUUAUUUAAAACUUGGUAGAAAAACAAUUUCAUUUUUUUCAUACUUAAAAUUACUAUAUUCUACUAUUAUUCCAUUUCUACAAGCUAUUUCUAAAUAACUUGCCUCUAUGCACUCUUCAUUUCACUAAAUUGAUCUGUGAUAUUAUAUCCCACAUUUUUUUUCAUUGUCAUUCUUUUAUCCCUCAAAAUAAUUCUCCCUGUUUUAAUAAGUUCUACAAUUUUUCUUUUAAUGUAUUGUAAUUUGUUUCCUCUUGUUGUUUUAAUUAAUUGUAACCAUUGAUUACCAUCUAUACAAAUAUUAAUUUUUAUAACCAAUUGUUUUUUAUAAAGUUCAAUAAAAAAAAUAUAUAAAUAUUUGCUUAUAAUUAUAUAAAUAAUAUUAAUAUUAUGAAAUACUGUAUACAGUUGUGGAUUUUAAAUAUUUUUCUGGAACAUAGGGUCCUGGGAAAUCAUAUUUAUUUGGAAGGUAUUAUUUUCAAUGCCAAGAUGUCUGAUUUUAGAUAAUAUUUUAUUAAAAUUAAUCCAUGCAUGUUGGGGGUUGGACCCCCAUGUAAAUGUACCACUGAUUAAAUAUUUAUUUAAUUUUCUAGAAAUCAGGAAUAGGAAAGCCAUCAAUUUAUCAUGCAUUAGUCAUAAUAUUCUUAGAAUAUUUUGCUUGGAGUUUACUAACUUUGCCAGUCAUAUCAGUAAGUAUAGACUAUAGAAAACUAUUAUACUGUUUUAUUAUUUUAUAAUAUAAAUAUAUUUUUACAGAAAUUAAACAACACAUUCCAAGAUCAUGCUCUACUGAUGAAUGGUAUUAUUUGGGGUAUAAAGGUAGGUAUACAAAUAAAUCAUUAUGAAGUAUGUAACCCGGGGUUGGCAAUCUAUGGCCCACACAAAGAAAAGACAAUAGGCUACAAUAAAAUGUAUCAAUAUUAAAGAAACCAGACACAUUAUUGUGUUGGUUUUUGUUAUAUUAUAUUAUAUAUAACAAAUAAAGUACACCUUUGUUAUUACAUUGAAUUAUUAAGAGAUUCAAAAUAAAUAAAUUCAUUUUUAGAUUUUGAGCAUAGCGAGGGAGCUAUUGAUUUUACAAUGGUGUUUAUUUCUUCUUCUUUGUUUUAGUUUGUAGACACGCUUUUUUCCUAGUAAACUUGCUUUGAUUUUUAUGUAUAGCAACUUUUCUGAAAGCUCAAGUUCUCUAGAACUUAAAGAUAUCAUUUUGAUGAAUAAAAGCACUUAAAUGGGGAAAAAAUGUAGAAAAACGUACUAUUUCACGGUUUCAUUAUUUUAUAAAAUCAUAGACAACGUUUUCAACUAGAAAAAAUGAUUUAUCGCUAUAUCACAAGUUACCUUUAUUGUUGCCUUUUUGAUUUACUUUUUUACGGUAUCAUCAUCAAAACUUUUGAACUAAUUUUGAGCUUUUAAGGAGUUUUUUGCUGUAAUUCAGUUAUAAAUACACAUAGAGACUUGAAACUUGAUAAUAAUACUUAUAUUGGAUUUACUUAGACGUAAAAUUUCCAAAAUGAUCAGACCACUUUUUUUCAUUUUUUAAAUUUUUUUAUAAUGGUACUUUAUUUUUUAUAUAUAUAUAUAUAUAUACUAUAGACCACUUUUAUACUAGAAAACUUGCUCUGAUGUAUAAGUGUAGUACCUUUACUGAAAGUCAAUUUUAUUUAAUUGGUAAAUUCAUAGGUCAUUUUUUGAGUUUUGAAACAGUGUUUAAAAUAAAAUUAAAAACUAUUAACGGAAAAAAAAUAUGAUUUUUUUCAGAAUUUUGUUAUUUAAAAUAAAUCCCUACCACUUUUCUAGCUAAUAUGGCUCCAAUUUAAAAACAAGAGACCAUAUUUUUGUUAAAUUUUUUUUUAAUAAUCGUUUUUUUUUAUCUUUUACCUUAAUAAAAAGAUUGCCAUCCAGUAGAGACUUUUAACUAAUUAUUAACCAAUUUUUUUUUAGGGUAUUCUAUCAUUUUUAAGUGCGCCGUUAAUUGGUGCUUUAUCUGAUGUUUGGGGACGAAAAUUGUUUCUUUUAUUGACAGUAUUUUUUACUUGUAUUCCAAUACCUUUUAUGUGUAUUGAUUCUGGGUAAUAUUUAAAAUAUAAUUUUACUGAGUUUAUUUAGUAUAUUAUAUUGUAGUCAUAUAUUAUUAUUUUUAGGUGGUUUUUCGCAUUAAUAAGUAUUUCUGGAUUGUUUUCUGUUACAUUCUCUGUUGUAUUUGCUUAUGUAGCAGAUGUCAGUGAUGAAAAAGAUAGAAGUCGUUAUUAUGGCUGGGUAUAUAUUUAAAUAUGUAUAAAUUAUAAACGUGUAUACUUUCUAAAAUAAGGUGUUUUUUCUAGAUUACUGGGACAUUUGGAGCUAGUAUGGUUUUUGGACCUGCUCUGGGUUCAUAUAUUAUGGAAAUUUUCAACUCUACCUUUGUUGUACUUUUAGCUUCCUUUAUAGCACUUUUAAAUGUAUUUUUUAUUCUGUUUGUUGUGCCUGAAAGUCUACCAUAUAAACAAAGAACUUCUAAUAAUUGUAUAUCUUGGAAAAAGGCAGAUCCUUUUGUAGUAAGUAAUCAAAACGAGUGUAAUUUUCGCUAUUAUUUUCAAUACCUACAUUUAUAUUUAAUAUAAACAUUUUAUAAUUUUUUAAUGUCAGGCUUUAAGAAUGGUUGGUCGAGAUCGAACUAUACUGAUAUUGUGCUUAACAGUAUUUUUAUCUUAUUUACCAGAAGCAGGAGAAUACUCGUCUUUAUUUGUGUAUUUAAGACUUGUAAGUCUUAUGAAUUAAUAAAUCAUAAUAAUAAUAGUUUUUGAGUUUAAAUCAGACAUACUUUGGUAGCAAUGUUUUUAUUAUUACCAGAUAUAUAUUUGUAUGUAUUUCUUAAUUAAUCAUAGCUAGGAAGUAUUGUUCUUAUAAUUUUUUUUUUUCUUAUCAAUGAGGUAAUAAAUGUAUUCAAGUAUUUUUGUGUAAAUUGUUAUACUUAUUCUGAUAAAAAAUCAUUGUUAGAAAGGACACUUACUAGUUUUUUAAACUUUUGUUUUAAAUUAUAAUUCAGUGACUUAGUGGAAAAAAUUUACUAUAACUAUGGACUUUAAGUUAGGUUUUUAUAAACAAAUAAUUUUUUUUAAUUCCAAAUUAAUUUUGUUUAAAUUUUUUAUUUUUAAAUUGUCCCUUCUUUCACCAAUCCUAAGAAUUAUAUAUUAUAUUACCUUCAUUGUACAUUUAUACUCAAUGAUAUUACUUUUAUAUUUUAUUAAGUACCUAUUAAUAGUAUUAAUAUUUUUUAUUUAAAUUUACAAUUUAAAAUAGUUAUUUAGAGUUAAGACUUAACCUUUAAACAAAAAAUAUUUCUCUACUACUUAUUAUAUAACCAAUAAUAUAAUUACUAAUUUUUAUAUAGGUAAUGGGAUUUAGCAUGUUUAAAGUGUCAAUACUUAUUGCAUUACUAGGACUGUUUUCAGCAGCGAUUCAAUCUGUACUUGGUGUUAUAAUGAAAAUGAUGGGAGCUAAAUAUACAAUUAUGAUUGGUCUGGUUUUUGAAAUUAUGCAGCUUAUGUGGUUUGGAUUUGGUUCAGAAACAUGGUGUGUAUAAUCUGUUUCUUCAUGAUAAAAACUUAUUUUGUGUGCAAAAAUUAUUUUUGCCUGUUUCAUACAUUGUAACAUAAUAGGUCUUUAAAUAAAUAUUUUGUACCUGCCAUGAAAAAAAAUUGUGGCUAUCCAACAAUUUCCAGGUUCAAUAAUAAUAAAAAUGAUCACCUAAUUCAACCAAUAUCUUUAAAAUUGUAUAUGAUGCCCCCUAAUCUAGUCUAUAUAACAUAUUAUAUUUUUAUUCAAAUUUAAUAUUUAAUUUUAACAUAAUUAUAUAUAUAUAUAUAUAUAUAUUAUAUAUUACGCAAAUACUGAAUAUCUAUGUUAUUUAGACCAGAGGUGGCUCACAUAAUAAAUUUGUCGAUUAAUCGUUGAGUUUUCCUAGGUUAUCACAAUCAAACAAAAAUAUAUAUAAUAGAUACACUUAUUUUAUUUAAAAUUUAAAAAUCACUUUAUUUGACAGUUUUAUACAAUAAACUUAAUAUAUUUUUAAUAUGUGAUAGUUCAGAGAUUAUUUAUAAAGAUUACAUAAUAUUAGAAUCGUAUAUUAUAUAUAAUUUUUGCGGUCAUUUUAGGCUGGUUCGAUUCAUAUAAACAUAAUGAAAGUCGCGAAUAGAAGUCAAUAUGGAAUAUCUGCCAUAUUACAUACACUGUGCAUGAGCUACUCAAUAUCUAUAAUUUUGUUUUUGAUGCGUUAUAUAUUUCUAAAAUCAAUAAUAUUAUUUGUAACUGUUUGAAUUGUGUAAUUAUAGUUAAUUUUUAUAUUCAUGGGUUAAACAAAGCUAAACAUUGAUAGGAAAAAAGAUGAAAGGGAGUCUCAAUUGAUUCAAACUCAUGUCAUGAUUAAAUUUUUGAUCACUCCUGAUCUUGGAAACUCACAAAGUGAAAGUACACUAUAUUUUCUAUAUUUAAGGUUGUUUAUAUAUAUUUAUAUUAUUAUUUAUUAAUAUCAGUUAAUACUUUUAUUUUAGGGUCAUGUGGUCAGCCUGUUUUCUAGCUGCUAUUUCAAGUGUUACAUAUCCUGCUAUUAGUUCAUUUGUGUCUAUACAUUCUGAUGCAGAUAAGCAAGGUUUAAAAAGAAAAUAAUUAACUUUGAAAUGAUACUAAUUAUGAUUGUAUUUUUAAGGUGUUGUUCAAGGAGUUGUUACAGGAGUAAGAGGACUUUGUGGUGGAUUAGGGCCGGCAAUGUUUGGAUUUAUAUUUUAUUUAUUUAAUGUUAAUUUAAAUGAAGGAAUGCAAAUUACUCAUACAACUCAUCAUUCAGUUAAUAGUUCAAUUAUUAUUAAACAUUUAAAAUAUAAUGUUAAUAAUGAUCCAUCUUUGUCGGUAAUUUUAUUAAUCAUAUAUAUAUAUUAUAUAAACCAUAAAUAUUAAGUAAAAUAUUAUUAUGUAUUAGUUUUAAAUUGCUGCUAUAUUUUAUCAAUCAAUAACUGUUGUUGUCAUUUGAAACUUUUUAGAUGAUUCCUGGACCACCGUUUGUCUUUGGUUCACUUCUUGUUAUGUGUGCAUUGUUAGUCUCGGUAUUCAUUCCAGAAAAUGUUCCUAUUGGCACUGAUAUACGCCAUAAACAAAUUGGUAAACUGAAUAACUAUUAUUUUUAAAAUUAAAAUUAAUUAUAAAUUAUAUUAAUAUACUGUCUAAGUGUAAAUAUUAUAUCGAUAAUUUUAAGUAAAAUACAAACUGUGGGGCCCAUUAAAACCAAAACAACUGUUGAGCCCUGGACUAAUGUCCUAUUUGUCCUCUCCUAGCACUGGCACUGGAUAUAUUUACACUGUAAACAAAUCCAAGUUAGUGUGUUUAAGAUUAAUAUAUAUUUCUUAAAUAUAAAGUAGUUGUAACUAUGUUUGAUGACAUUUAUCAAUACAUAAUUAAGAUGUAAUUUGUAUUGGGAUUUAAGUAUAAUAUAUAAUUGAUUUUUGUCUUAAUAAAAUUAGAUCAUUUUGUUAAUAUGAAAAACAAAAUAUUUAAAAUUAAUUAUAAGACUUGAAUUAAGUGUCUUGGUGCUACUAGACAAUAAAUUGGAGGUAUUUACUUGUCUCUUUGUUUUAUUAUAGAUCAUUUAAAGUUAAAGCCCCUAAAUAUAAAAUCUUAAUGUACAAUUACUAAUUUAAUUAAAUUUCAGUAUACAAUUUAUCAGUUAAAGACUGUUGAUAUUAAAAUUAUUAAAUAUUAAAAUUUUAUAAUUUGUUCUUUUUAAAAAGUCAUUAGCAUUUAGUGUACUUACACAAAUAUGGUUAUAACUUUAUUUAUAUUAAAUUAUUUUGUUAUGCAUGUUUAAUAAAAGUUAUUUUAAUUAGUAAUUUUCGAUAUAUUAUGUACGUAGUGUAGAAAGAGCUCUGUAAAAAUUGGUUCAUAAGUACCUGAGGUAAGAUAAGUACCUCCAAGAAUUUGAAUUCUAAUUGUGCUUAUGAUUUCGUCAACAACAGUUAUUGCAAUACAUAAUAAUAUAUUGAUUAUUAUUCUUAAGAAUUGUAUAAUAGGGUUUCAUAAUAAUAUUGUGUUAUAGGUUCUUCUACACAAGUUCAGUAUCAAAUUGGUCGAAUAAACGUUCAAUCUUAUCUUUAAUUAGAUGUCUAGUCACAUUAUAUUUAUUUAUGGUUGCUAAUGAGACAUUUAAUAUUUUAUAAAUAUGUAGUAUGUUUAACAUUUAAAGGCUUACAUAAUUGUAUUUAUUUAUUUUAAAUAUAGUUUAUUGUUCAAGUAAUAAUACAUUUUUUUUUUCUUGAAUAAUGUUACUUAUAAGUUAAUUUAAUGUAUGUACAAUUUAUUAUAAUUUAAUAAACGCUAGUAUUUGGGUUCCAUUAUUUUAUAUUAUUUUACAAUAAAAAAAUAAAAUUAGAAGUAUUCUUGAAAAUUCCUAUUAAAGAUUUAUUUUUAAUUAAAUCAUUAUUUUAUUUAAUAUAAUAGUGUAAUGAGCGUAAACUAAUUAUUAUCUUCUCCAUUGAU